CGGUCCUCCACUUGCUGCAUUACGAGGGUCACGAGAAGGCUUACUUGUGAACGCGCGCUCACUUACUUAUUCAAGACGUAUUCUGCGUCUGUUACUUCAUUGACUCAACUCGGACUUCUGCGUUUCAGUAAUCAUGCGUGAAUGCAUCUCGAUCCACGUUGGCCAGGCUGGAGUGCAGAUGGGCAAUGCCUGCUGGGAGCUGUACUGCCUCGAGCACGGCAUCCAGCCCGAUGGCCAGAUGCCCUCUGACAAAACCAUCGGUGGAGGCGAUGAUUCCUUCAACACUUUCUUCUUCGAGACUGGCACGGGAAAACACGUGCCCCGAGCCAUCUUCGUUGACCUGGAACCGUCUGUUAUAGAUGAGGUCCGGACUGGAGUCUACCGACAACUUUUCCAUCCAGAACAAUUGAUCACUGGGAAAGAAGAUGCUGCUAACAACUAUGCACGAGGUCACUAUACCAUCGGGAAGGAAAUCGUUGAAAUUGUUUUAGAUCGCAUUCGUAAAACCGCCGACAACUGCACUGGCCUUCAAGGUUUCUUGGUCUUUCACUCGUUUGGUGGCGGCACUGGUUCCGGUUUCACUUCCCUCUUGAUGGAGAGGCUUUCGGUCGACUACGGCAAGAAAAGCAAACUUGAAUUUGCCAUCUACCCUGCCCCUCAAGUCGCCACUGCCGUCGUCGAACCUUACAACUCGAUCCUGACCACACACACUACUCUGGAACAUUCUGACUGCGCCUUCAUGGUUGACAACGAAGCAAUUUACGAUAUUUGCCGCCGUAACCUCGAUAUCGAGCGACCCACUUAUACUAAUCUGAAUCGCAUGAUCGGUCAGAUCGUCUCGUCCAUUACCGCUUCCUUGAGGUUCGAUGGCGCCCUCAACGUCGACCUGACUGAGUUCCAAACGAACUUGGUCCCUUACCCGCGUAUUCACUUCCCAUUGGUGACAUACGCGCCAGUCAUCUCUGCCGAGAAAGCCUACCACGAGCAGAUUUCAGUGGCCGAGAUCACAAACGCUUGUUUUGAGCCCGCCAACCAGAUGGUGAAGUGCGACCCGCGUCAUGGAAAGUACAUGGCGUGUUGCCUGCUUUUCCGAGGUGACGUCGUGCCCAAGGAUGUCAACGCUGCCAUCGCUACCAUCAAGACCAAGCGGAGCAUCCAGUUUGUGGACUGGUGCCCCACGGGCUUCAAGGUGGGCAUCAACUACCAGCCACCCACCGUAGUUCCUGGCGGUGACCUGGCUAAGGUGUCUCGUGCCGUGUGCAUGCUUAGCAACACCACGGCCAUCGCUGAAGCCUGGGCUCGUCUGGACCACAAGUUCGACCUGAUGUACGCCAAGCGCGCCUUCGUGCACUGGUACGUGGGCGAGGGCAUGGAGGAGGGCGAGUUCACCGAGGCCAGGGAGGACUUGGCCGCCCUCGAGAAGGACUACGAGGAGGUCGGCGUCGACUCCGCUGAGGAUAUCAUUGGAGAAGGAGAAGAGUAUUAAUUGACUCAUAAAUCCUACCACCGGCGUCAUGGUAUUUUUACCUGCAUAUCACGAGCAUUAAAACAUAUCACCUGA